UUGUUUGUUUAUUUAUAUAUUUUUGCCUUUCUAAAAUAUUAAUUUGAUAACUUUUAUGAUUAAUUUGCAGUUUUAGUGUUGAUCUUGUGUGUGUUUCCUGCACUUUCAGGACAAGGUGGUGUAACUAAAGGAUUGAUCCAACUUGAGUCAGACUACUGUAAUUCUAAAGUCUACAAUCCUGUAAAUCAGAUUUGCUGUAAUGGAAGCAUUCGGGAUCGAAGCAGUGCUCACACAAAAUGCUGUGGCCAAGUUAUGUACCUACCGACAACUCAUAUUUGUUGUGGUGACAACAAAAUGUUUGAACUGAAGGAAAAUCUUUCUUGUUGUGGCGUUAAUUCAUUUAACAAGACUAUACAGUAUUGCUGUAUUACAAACGACAAUCUUGAAGUGAAAAAUGAAUCUUGCCAUUCACCACCUCCAAUAGAAGCUGAACCGUCAAAGUAUGUCAACUGCUUAGGGAUACUGCACAAGAGGGAAUCAGGUCUUAAUCAGUGCUGUGGUGAAGAUGUCUACAGUCUAGCAGAUGACAAUGUGCUAUGCUGUAAUGGAAUCCUUUAUCGCAAUGUGCCUGAAAAGUCAGAGUGUGUCGGGGGUAUUAUAUAUACUCAAAACCAGAUUAAGAUGUUCAGCUGUGGUUCGGAAGUCUAUGACCACAAAAAACAGCUGUGCUGCUCAGGUCAUCUCUACAACAAAACUAAAGCAGAAUGCUGUGGAAACCUCUUGCUGGAUUAUAAUAACAAUCAAAUUUGCUGUUCCUCUUCAACCCAUGCCAUGCUUUAUGAUACCAAACAAGAGCAUUUGUGCUGUGGGCAUUACUACUACAACACGUCCCUGUGGAGCUGCUGUGCUGAACAUCUCAAACCAACACCAAGUAAAGACAGUUAUCCACCAGAAUACAGACUUAAGCCACUAACGGACCUGAUCCCUGACAUAUGCCAUAAAAAAGUGCUCUUUGGCAAAGUGGAGAGCGUGGUGCUUCGCCAAAAAUGGCGUGACAUUGUGUUGAGAGUCAUUGUGGCAGUCAGCGAGUUAUCACAAGGGACUUUACUCCAUGUGUCUCUGGAUCACUGCAGUUCUCCUGCACUAGAGAACAGCAUGACCUACCUUUGGGAGAAAAACAGCAGGAAGUACAAGGCUCUCUCCAUCCCUGUUGAUGUAACCUCUGACAUUCACAUGUUCUUUACAGCAUGUGACCUAAAUCUCAUGCAGGCCUUAAAUCGGAGUGUCAGCACAUGUUCGCACACGCACCAUAUUCGGGGUGGAUUUUCAAUGCAAGUACACUUUUAAAGAGAAACAGUUGACCUAUAGGUAAGUCCCGCCCCCCCUAAAUUACUGUUGUGAACUCGGAUAGACAAAUGGAGUUGUUAACCGUCUUGCAAUCACAUGCAGCUGUCAGUGUGAAAACCUUGUCCCGAUAUGUUUUAGAUAAACAGAGUGGCCACCAUUCAAAUGGGACUUAAAUAUGGCAUUAAGGGAUGUAUAAAAUAUUUUAAAAUAAAUAUUCUAGUUAUUAAUUUGGAAGCAAGGGUUUACAUAUCACAAUGCAAGUGGGAGAAGCCUCAUGUUAUGGUCGUCACAAUUCCAUAUGACAACUUCCAAGAUUCAUGUCCUGCAGGGUAAGAUUAAAUUAAUUAAAAUUUUACCAGUUUAAUAUGGAGAGGAACUAAAAUGUAGAUCUUCAGUGAGGUGUUUUUGACCUACGCUGUACAUGAUAUGAGAACAGUUAGCUAUUUAGGUUUGUAUGCUAGUAUGGACUCACCAACUUUAACGUUAGCUAGUUUUAGCCAGAGAUACCUUGCUAAAGCACAAGAUGACAUUAACUUUUUCAUCUUCAUUGGGAUUGGGGUUGAAUGCGUAGGGACAUUUUGCUCUGUUUUGUUUGUGUUUAGGAUGAAUUAAUUCUAUUGCCCAUCCUCUCAGGAUACCUGUAUGUGAUGAGUGGGGCAGGGCCGAGAGCCAUGGGAAUAAAGCUAGGCUGGAGAACUUAAUGAUAAUGAGUGAUACCUGCACCACUCACCGGUCUCGAGUCCCACAGAGGAGCUCAAGAAGGAUAAAAGGAAGAGUAAUAACAGUGAAGUACAAGAGAGAACUAGGCCUCGUUCUGUUCCCCAUUGCUCUUGGCUCCGCCCCACUCAUCACACUAGAAAUAGUCUUUCAAGUACACCAGGAACACUGUUUUUUCCAUUUUUGUAGCAUAAACACCAUAAAAUCACUGCGAGCUUCAGAUCUUCCAAUGUCUCUAUGGCACUGAAACCAAAAGAUGUCUGAGUUCCGGUCCCUGUGCAACUGAUACUCAACUGCCAUUGGCUUAUUUGCAUUCGAUGAGAGGGGCUUACUGAUCAAUUGCAUUUUUUUUCUGAUUUACAACACUUUUUAUACUAGGGGUGGCACG